AUGGCCCCCUCAGCAACGAUAGACGCUGAUUUACAAUGGGAGAGAUGGACUCCGAAUUGCCAUCCUCGGUUGCAGAAAACUCGGCAGAGCGUUGCUCAGCGAGAUCCUCAGCGUGUCUCGCGCACCGGAUGCCGCUUCCCUAAGUUUUAUUUCCGACAUCACCGGCUCGUCCCCAUCGGGGCUGUUGGUGAGCUCCUGUUAGAGGAGCCGAUGGUUGGGCCUGGAUAUUUGACUAAUGCGGUGGGAACGGAAAAGGUAUUCCUGUCGGAUCCUGCCUUUGUCACAGAGGCUCGGGGCCCCCGGGGCGGGAAUCGCCGAGUCUAUCGCUCUGGAGACCUGAUGCGGUACAAUCUGGAUGGAUCGCUGGUUUACAUUGGCCGCAAGGGUUCUCAGGUCAAGCUCCAUGGACAACGCAUCGAGCUCGGUGAGGUGGAAACCCAUGUACAGUCCGUCUUGGGGUCUGAGCUUUCGGUCAUCGUGGAGCUUGUUACUCCAAAUGAAGAUCCUGACAACAUGGUCCUGGUCGCAUUCGUCCACCUUGUGAAGGAGGAGGGUGUCCAUGAGGAGCCUCUGGAGACAGAGAAUUCACCUCUCAUUGCCUCGCCUACUGCCGACCUCCAGAGCCAGGUCGCAGACGCCAUUGUCAAGCUCCAUGAUUGGAUUCCUCGCUUCAUGAUACCCUCUCUCUUUCUUCGACUGACCCGCCUCCCCCGGAUAAUGACGGGCAAGAUACGCAAGACCGACCUGGAUCAAUUCCGGAUUUCCCAUGUUGUGAACAAGAAGGCCUCCGAGCGGGCCCACGGAAUCGACUCUGCAGUCCCUCUGUGCACGGGUUCUGCGUCUGGCCCGGCGGAGAUUGGUCUCGAUGACGAUUUUUUUCCAUCUGGGCAGCGACUCAAUCAGUGCCAUGCACCUGGCGCCGCAGCACGGGCUCAAGGUCUCGCGCUAGCCGUGUCGGAUAUCCUUAAGAGUCGCCGGCUGUCUACCCUGGCGUCACACAUCACCAUCCAGCCUCUGGGACUGAAGAUGAUUCUCAUCACCCCAGCAUCACACCAUUUUCUCUUGUAA